AUGGGGAGGCCGGGGUACCUGACGCUGCCCAUCUUCGCGGUGCUCGCCGCGAUCGGCUACGUCUACUACACCACGGUCUUCGUCGCCGUCGCCGGCUGGCUCGGCCUCGCCACGGCCGCCGGGGUCGCCAACGCCGCCGCCUUCACGGCCCUCGCCGCCGCCUGCCUCGCCACCUACGCCGCCGCCGUCUCCCGGGACCCCGGCCGGGUGCCGCCCGCCUUCCUGCCCGACGUCGAGGGCGCCGACACCCCCGUCCACGAGGUCAAGCGCAAGGGUGGUGAUUUGAGAUAUUGCCAGAAAUGUAGCCACUAUAAGCCCCCACGCGCACACCAUUGCCGUGUGUGCAAGAGAUGUGUUCUGAAAAUGGACCAUCACUGUAUUUGGAUUAAUAACUGUGUUGGGCACGAGAACUACAAGAUAUUCUUGGUCUUUGUAUUGUAUGCUGUAAUUGCAAGCUUCUAUUCAAUGAUUCUAAUUGUAGGGAGCGUCAUUUACAGUGCUCCGAAAGAUGAACAGUUAAGCAGUGAUUCUUCUAGAACAUUGAUUAUUAUUUGUGGGAUCAUUCUUUGUCCAUUAACUCUGGCGCUGUCAGUGCUCCUGGGCUGGCAUAUCCACCUCAUAUUACAGAAUAAAACUACAAUUGAGUACCAUGAAGGAGUUAGAGCAAUGUGGUUGGCAGAAAAGGGUGGAGACCUUUAUCAUCAUCCAUAUGACCUUGGUGUCUAUGAGAAUCUUAUUUCGGUGCUUGGGCGUAGCAUAUUCUGCUGGCUCUGCCCAGUAUCAGUCAAUACAGGCAAUGGCCUACGGUUCCGUGCAUCGUAUGAUAUUUUACCAUCUACACCACCAUGUGAUUUACAAAAGAUAGCAUUACAUUCACAUUGA